UCUUCCCUUUUAUUCAACCCAACGUGCUUACAUUUUGGUUUAAAGUAGAAUUUUAAUUGUUUUAUUUUCUAAUUUAAUUUGCGUUUGUCAACUUAAUUAAUUAUUCUAUUGUAAAAUGGCUUUAGCUGUACCUCGUGCUCCCGGAUUUACUUCUAUGUUAAAAGAAGGUGCUGGACAAUUGUCUGGAGUUGAAGAAGCUGUGAUUCGCAGUAUUGAAGCUUGUAAUGAAUUUUCUCGCACUUUGAAAACCUCUUAUGGUCCUAGAGGACUUAAUAAGAUGGUUAUUAAUCAUUUAGAGAAACUUUAUGUUACCAAUGAUGCAGCGACAAUUGUCCAACAAUUAGAUGUUCAACAUCCGGCUGCCAAAAUUUUGGUCAUGGCUUCGCAAAUGAUUGAAAAAGAGGUUGGUGAUGCCACUAAUUAUGUUAUCAUGUUUGCAGGAGCUCUGCUGGAAAGGGCUGAAGAACUUAUUAGAAUGGGAUUAAAGCCCAUUGAGAUUAUGGAAGGUUAUGAAAUGGCUGCUGAUUCUGUAAUCAAUGAUAUCCUUCCUAAAUUGGUUGUUGAUACCAUUAAAAAUUUCUAUGAUCUUGAAGAAGUUAAGAAAGGAAUUAGAUCAUCGAUUGCUAGUAAACAAUUUGGUUAUGAAGAUUUUCUUUCUGAAUUAAUAGCCAAAGCUUGUAUUCUUGUUAUGCCUAAGUCAGAAAAUGCUUCAUUCAAUGUGGAUAAUGUUCGUGUCUGUAAAAUACUGGGCUCAGGUGCUACUAAAUCCGAACUGGUUCAAGGAAUGGUUUUUAAGAAAAGCGUUGAAGGUAUUGUUACCUCAGCAAUCGAUGCUAAGGUCGCUGUUUAUACCUGUCCAAUUGAUGUACCUACAACCGAAACAAAGGGAACUGUACUUAUACAAACUGCCCAAGAAUUGACUAAUUUCAGUCGAGGUGAGGAAGUUUUAUUUGAAAAGCAAAUCCAAGAGAUCGCUGAAUCUGGUGCUAAGGUAAUCGUUGCCGGUGGUAAAUUUGGUGACAUGGCUCUUCAUUAUUGUAAUAAAUAUGGACUGAUGGCCGUUCGUCUUCAAUCAAAAUUUGAUGUUCGUCGUUUAUGUAAAACCGUUGGUGCUGUCGCUUUACCUAAAUUACAAGCACCCAAAACCGAAGAGCUUGGCCACUGUGACAAUAUUUACAUUGAUGAAAUUGGUGGUACAUCAGUUGUUAUUUUUAAACAAAAUUCAUCCGAAUCAAAAAUCUCCACCAUCAUAAUCAGAGGUUCUUCUGAUAAUGUUAUGGAUGAUAUUGAAAGAGCCGUUGAUGAUGGUGUCAAUACUUACAAAGCCUUAACCAAAGAUGGCCGGUUAAUUGCUGGAGCUGGAGCUUCAGAUAUUGAGAUGGCUGUUAAAAUCUCUUCUCUCGCUGAAACCUUACCCGGUUUGGAGCAAUACGCUGUCGGUAAAUUUGCCGAAGCUUUGGAAAGUAUUCCUGCCGCUAUCGCUGAAAAUGCUGGAAUUAAAAAUGAGGUAAUUACUAAAUUAAUUGCUGCUCAUGAAUCUGGUGAUGCAAAUGCUGGAAUUGAUCUUACUACCGAUGAUGUCAACACCUUAAACGCUGUUGAAUCAAAGAUUUUUGAUCUUUAUCUGGCUAAAUAUUGGGCAAUCAAGUAUGCAGUUAAUGCUGCAAACACUGUUCUUCAAGUUGAUCAUAUAAUUUGGGCUAAACCCGCCGGUGGACCUAAACCAAGACAAGGAGGAGGUGAUUGGGAUCAAGACUGAGAUUAACACUGAUUGUUUAUCCCUUUUGUUUUCUUCUCUUUCCUUUUGAUAUGAUUUAUCUUAUUACUUUAACUUUCCUCUCUCUCUCUCUCUCACUUUCUCUUCUUUGUAUCACAAAUUCACUGAUGGAUUCUGAAAAUAAACCCGCUUCAAUAUUCUACAACUAAUUUGUAACCAGAUUAACCAAAUUAUCGCUUGAAAUAAAUUAAUCAACAUAAAGAAA